UUGUUCCAUGUUUCAUCAAAGUCCACCACCCGCGGCUUCAAGGACAUCGUAUGGCUUCUUCAGGCUAAGGACAACAAUCAUGGCAAGUAUUGACUCUCAGGUGCAGGAGCAGGCUAGCAGUGGUGUAUUAUCAGCUCUGGCACAGGUAGCAAGAAGGAGAGCAAACUUAGAGGCCAAAAACGAAGAUGUUUCUAACAUACACAAAAGGAGAGAGCGCCUUUCCAGGAGACAGACAUGCAGAGAAGUGUCUCCAGAUACCGUCGUUACUAAAGUUGAAGAAAUACAAGAAGAGGUUGCACCUUGCAAUGUCACCCCAGCGCCCAUUAGGCCAGCCUCUGUAUAUCAGACAAACCACGGCCAGUUCAUUGCCUUCACUCAGGAUGGUGCCAUCCAGAUAAGCAGUGCAUUUCCUGGGGGUCUACAGGGCCUGCAGCCCCUUCCCUUGUCCAACUCUGUGAAGCCCCAGUCGGCUGCAGCCAUCGUCCAGUACUCCCAGGAGACAGGGGAUGUCAGUCAGCAAUUCUUUAUGCAAGGCAAUAAUGUGUUGGUACAAGCUGCCACUGGUGAAAUGUCCGGCUACCAGAUCUGCACACCCACCUCCAGCCUGCCUCAGGGUGUAGUGAUGGUUGAGUCUCCAGGGUCCAUGCACAGCCCCCAGCAAAUGGCUGAGGAGGCCACACGCAAGAGAGAGCUCCGCCUCAUGAAGAACAGGGAGGCUGCCCGCGAAUGUCGACGGAAGAAGAAGGAAUAUGUCAAAUGUCUUGAGAAUCGGGUGGCUGUGCUUGAGAAUCAAAACAGGACUCUCAUUGAGGAACUAAAAGCUCUUAAAGACAUCUAUUGCCGCAAACCUGAAUGACCAUGGGUCAGUCAUGUGGGACUUAACAGAUUGACUGCUAGAGGCUUGAGGUUGUGCGGUUUACAGUUCCCUGUCUCUCAGAGAAGCCGAUUUCACUCGAUGUCCCGCAUGUGCUAUUGCACACCGAAAGCAUACAAAGAAACAUUGUCCUUUCCAUUCCACGUGUUUAAAAGACAAUCAUGUCCAUGUUUGUGACUGUCGUCAUAUACAGUAGGCCUACCAUUUAACCUAUCCACAUGCAAGUUGUGGAGCGAGUAGACUGAGUAGUAUGAGGUACCCCUGUUGCUUGUGCUUCUUGCAGGGAGGCAGCAAAAGAGUGCCGGCGAAGGAAGAGAGACUAUAUUCGCUGUCUGGAGGCUCAACUCACCACGCUGGAGGCCCAAAACAAGAGGCUCUUGGAUGAGCUCAACUACUAUAAGGAAGUUAAUGGAAUGAACACAAAUCAGUAGGACGAGUACAGAAUACUGGUCAUAUACAGCCUGUAGACCCAUGAAUGUGAUGCCUGUCUGAAAUGCUUAUUUUCAGUUGAAAAAGGACCUAUGUCAGAACAUAAUGCCUAUGGUUGUAAUGCAUUAAUCUUUACAUUUUAUUAAAAUUACUAUUUAAGUUAAAGAUGCAUCUAAAAAACGUCUCCCAGAGGUUUCUCCUGAAUAAGAUGUGGGCCCAAGUUUGCACACACAGCAAUGUAUAGGGCUCUUUCUGAAGACACCAACCAGCAUAUUAAUUGUGUAUAUACAUGAGGGAUAAUACAAAAGAUGUAUUGUACGUAGCUUAAUCUGUACAUGCACAUUGCUGUUUUGUGUUACAUUUCUGAAUGUCAUAUUUUUUAAGAGUUUUGUUGCAUUUGGUAAAUGUAAAUAUAUUUGUAUCUGUGUGGUGGAUAAAAAAUAUUUCAGAAAGCACAAACCUUUUAAGGCCAUAUUAGCCUUUCUUCAUAAUUUGUUUGUAAUAUUUGUAAAAGUUUAAAAAAUCUAUUCAUCCAAAAUAACCCUUUUGAUUUCUCUAAUCUGCACUAUUUGUUUCAAGUAUGUGUGGAAAGAAAAACAUAUAAUGCUUGGAAAUCAAUUUGAUUCUGAAAUGAAAUGUUUUACCGAGCAUUGAAAAGCAUUUUCCUGUAUGAAUAGUCUAUAUUUUACUUUUGGUUUUGUUUGAAUAAAUGUUUGUGAUCUACACUGAAAAUAUGUCAGAGGGUUACUACCAACUCUUACAAUAAUGUGCAAUUGGGUGUUUAUUUUUUUUAAAUGAAUAGACCCGUCAAACAUUAUUUUUUACUUUUAUUUUACCUUGUAUGACUUAAAACACUGUAAUUUUUAGCACCAACCUAGGAGCAAUUAGGUUUAAUGACCUUGUUGAAAGACAGAACAUAGCCUUUCCAAUCUGAAAAAACAGUCUUUUAAUUCGGAUUUGCAUUUAUGACCUAAUUUAAUUUAGCAGUCACUGCUGUCCAGACUGACUUGCAGUAAGUAGUGCAUACAUUAGUCCAUACAUUUUUUUGGUCAUCAAACACACCACCCUGUCAUGGCAAGCACCAAGCUGUACUAAUCCUCACGAAAGUUAGCCAAUCUGCAGUACAUGUGCUAACUUUCAUUGACUGUGGCCAGUUACUCUCUAAACACAGGUUGAUGUCCAUGUUUCCCGCAAAGGAUGCCUGCGGACUCCCCCCUUCCGUUUUUCUUUGACCAGUUUCCUUAACAAGUGUAAAGUGAAGAGUACCUGUCUUCCUGUGGGCUUCCUCUGAAAAGAGGGUGAGGUGAAAUGCAUCUAGGAUGAAAUUUAGGGAGGGAGUGGGAGCUCUAUUCACUCUUCACUAUCCUCCCUGCAGGCUUAAGGUGAUGGCUCCCCUAAGGUGCUCUGCCAAGUGGGUGCUCUUGCCUCGCUGUUAAAUUAUUUACUCAAAAAGUGUUAUGAAAACAUGUUAGCCUAAGAGAAAGAGCCCUUUUCCCACAAAGUCAGACAUUUGGGUGCCAAAAAUGAUGUUACAAUCAAGUGUUUCCGCAUGUCGCAAGGUAGCCUCUGUCCUCUUUAGGCAGGACUGAAUGUUUUGGCCAAUGGCAUGUAGGGUUUAUUUAUAAACAUUAAUUACAAUGUUCAUUCUUUACAUUAUUUGGUACAUUACCUAAAAAUUGUACCUGUUAUGUAAAAUAAUAAUAAUAAUAAUCAGCUGCCAUUUACUUGCAGCAUCAAUUAAGAGGCUGUUGGAUAACUACAGUGGAUAUAAAAAGUCUACACACCCCUGUUAAAAUGCCAGGUUAUUGUGAUGUAAAAGAAUGAG